UCUACCCAGAGCUGGUCUUAUCUCUGUGUUGAAGGCUGAACCUGGACCUGGGCCAGACCGAUACAACCAGAUGAACAUGGACAGUUGUAAGACCGUAGUGCUGGCAGCACUGGGCCGGCCCUUCAGUCUGGGGAUGCUCUACGACUGUCGCAACGACUCACUGAUCCCCGCUCUGAAACUUUGGGACCGGGAAGACUUAGAGAAAAAAGCAGAUGAAAGACCCCAACCCAACAGUGAAUUUGACGUACUUGCAUCCGACUCCAUCGAAGACAAAUCUUCUGCAUUGAAUGUUAAAGGUUCACUGCAAGCCAGUUUUCUGUGUGGACUGGUUGAUUUAGAAGGCUCUGCUAAAUUUCUCUCAGAUUCUAAGCGUUCCAUGAAUCAGGCUAGGGUGGUAAUACAUUACAAAACCACCACCAAAUUCAAAGAGCUGUCAAUGAAUCACAUUGGCAGAGGUAAUGUGAAACAUCCAUAUGUGUUUCAGUCGGGACAAGCAACACACGUAGUGACAGGAAUCCUUUAUGGGGCACAAGCCUUCUUUGUGUUCGACCGUGAGUUGUCACAAAAGGAAGAUCGGCAAGACAUUGAGGGCAAUCUAAAGGUGCUGAUCCAGAAGAUACCCAAAUUGAAGAUAGAUGGCAAAGGUUCUCUAAACAUGGCAGGCAAGGACAAGGUAAAUGUUGACAAGUUUAACUGCAAGUUCUAUGGUGACUUUAACCUUAAGGAACCCCCUGUGUCUUUUCAGGACGCAAUAGAAGUCUAUCAAAGCCUACCUAAGCUGUUGGGAACCAACGAAGGGAACGCAGUGCCUCUGAAGGUCUGGUUAAUGCCACUGAAGGCUUUACAUUCUGCUGCUGCUCAACUGGUUAGGCAGAUAAGUGAUAAAUUAGUCAGGGAUGCUCAGAAUGUCCUGGAGGACCUCAACGACCUGGAAAGGAGAUGCAAGGAUGUAGAAAGUUGCACAACAACCAAGCAAUUCCCACAGAUUAGCAAGAAGGUGAAAGCUUUCAAAGAACUUAUUUUUCGGCAUAAAGUUCAAUUCCAGAAUAUUAUGGCAAGGAAACUCCCAUUGAUCCGAGGAGGAGGAGAGGAGGAAAGUGUUCUUGCAGAGAUCCUGAAAAAAAUACAUUCCUCUCCCUUCAAAAGUGGUGAACUGAAUGAGUGGAUGGAUUGUAAAGAGAAAGAAAUCAAAAUCAUCAGCUCUCUGAUUGACAAAAUGCCCAACAUGAUAAUCGUUGCGUCCAGUCACAACUCUCUGCAGAGUGAGAUCCACAGUGGAGAUGUCAGACAUACAGUGUGCUUUGUCUUUACCUCCCUGGAAGGCCCAGAGCCUUACCUUUCAGCUCUGUCAAACUACUUGGAUGAAACCCAACCAGACGACGUGCCAUGUGCUUAUGAUGUGGAAAAGGAACAAUGGUUCUCCUCAAAUGUAAUGUACGAGAAAAUGCAGCUCUUCAAAGAUUUUGCAGAGGCCAACAAAGAGAACAAAAGCAUCAGGUUUCUAGCAGGUGCAAUAAACGAUGAUGAGAAGAAAGGUGCAACUCUCCACCUCUACAAGGAUGGGUCCUUAGCCAACUACAACUUUGAACCACCUUUGAAGCCAGAGAUGAACACGGGUGACAUAACCCAUAACAGUGUAACACUGAAUAUUUCCCCACCUCAAUUUGGGUUGACAACUGUCACCCACUACACUGUUGAGUUCUGUGUCCAUGGAGACGAUGUUUGGCAUCAACAAAUGGAGAGCAAGGCUGGAGAUGUCACAGUGUCCGGCAUGAAGAUUAAUGAAGGGUAUCAGUUCAGAUGUAGAGGCUGGUGCGCAGUCGGCCGCGGUCCGGCCUGUGAAGGUAGCCCUUUGAUUAAAACCUUACCAUCCAGUCCUCCAGAAAAACUACAAGUGGAAUGUUAUACUACAGAGUUAUCAGUCAGAUGGGAGAAACCAUCUGACCUUGGACAUGGAGUGGAGGCCAAGCAAUACAUAUUAGAACUUGCUGAAACAUCUCCAGAAAUAAACCCUGAAGAGUGUAUAUGGAGCAAACUAACAUUCACAGCCAACGACUCCCUCCUAGUCAAAGUCAUUCCAGGGCUGCAGCCUUCAACGCGAUACACUGUCCGGGUCAGAUGUGACUGUGGAGUUUUUGGCCUUGGCAAAGAGGCAUCAGUAGUUGUGUGCACAAAAAAGCUAUCUGAUAAACUGGCUACAUCAAUCAAAGCAUCGAGCAAGGUAAUGGAACCUGGUUCUCCUUCAGUUUUCAUGUUACCCCUGGAGAAAAACGAUAUUAGGAUAGAUGGAUGCAAGAGGUACACAUUUGGCGAGGACAGCGUGAGGCCAAAUCGCACUCUCAUGUUCCUGGGGGCAUCAGGUUCGGGGAAGUCAACUCUGAUCAAUGGAAUGAUCAACUACAUCCUGGGCAUAGAUUGGGAAGACUCUUUCCGCUUCAAACUUAUCGAUGAGGACCAAUCGAAGUCACAAGCUGAAAGUCAGACUUCCGAAGUAACCACCUACAAAAUCAACCACCAAGAUGGCUUCCGAGUUCCUUAUUCUCUAACCCUUGUUGACACUCCGGGUUUCGGCGACACAAAGGGUAUAGUGAGAGACGGGGCGAUCACAGAGCAGAUCAGGACACUCUUCACCUCGGACAAGGGAGUCCGUGAGAUAGAUGCAAUUUGUUUUGUCACCCAGGCCUCUCAAGCAAGACUAACGCAUACACAGAAGUACGUGAUAGAUUCGGUGCUGUCGAUCUUUGGUAAAGACGUGGCAGAGAACAUUUGCAUGCUGGUCACAUUUUCAGACGGUCAGCCGCCUCCUGUUCUCGCAGCGAUCAAUGCUGCUAAUAUUCCAUGUCCUAAAACAGACAGAGGACUUCCAGUGCACCACAAAUUCAACAACUCUGCACUUUUUGCUGAAAAUAAUUAUUUCAGUGACAUGGCUGAUCAAGGCUCCAAAUCAUCAAAUAAUCCCCCCCCCAAAAAGAUGGAGGCUAAAAACUUUGAUGCAAUGUUUUGGGAAAUGGGGGCAAGCAGCAUGGAAACAUUCUUUGCUGCCUUGGGACAAAUGACCACCAAGAGCCUGCAGUUAACCAAAGAGGUUCUCAACGAGCGAAAGCAGUUGGAGGUGGCUGUGGAAGGAAUCCAGCCCCAGAUACGGGCGGGGCUGGCGAAACUAGAAGAGAUCCGAUCAACCCAACAACAGAUCGAAAAGCACACCGCCGACAUCACUUGCAAUGAAAACUUUGAAUUUGAAGUUGAAAUCCUCAAGCCUGUCCAAAUAGAGCUUACCAAAGAGGGAGAGUUCAUCACUAACUGUCAGCAGUGUUCAGUGACCUGCCACUACCCCUGUACCAUAGCAGACGAUAAAGAAAUUAGUGGCUGUGCUGCCAUGAGUGGUGGGAAAUGCACGGUUUGCCCUGGAACAUGUUCCUGGGAAGUACAUUUCCACCAGAAAUACAAGUGGGACUACGUCAAAGAGAAGCAGAUGAAGACGAUAAAAGAAUUGAAAGAGAAGUAUGAAAAAGCCACGGAGGCAAAGAUCUCAGUCGAGGAACUGAUUGAACACCUGGAAGAGGAUGUUGCCAUACUGCAGGAAGAGAUCAUGUCCAUGAUAAAAAAGUCAUCUCACUCUAUAGCUCGGCUGAAGGAGAUAGCUCUGCGGCCUGACCCGCUGAGCACGCCAGACUACAUCGACCUGCUCAUUCAGGGAGAGAAGUCAGAGGGCAAAGAGGGUUACCUGGCACGGAUUGAGUCUCUAGAAAAAAUUAAAGAAAAUGCCCAAAUCAUGGCCAAGGUUUCAAAAGGAGAGCCGCUAACCAGCACACAGGAUCAAUACAUUAAGGACAGAAAUAAAAGGAAAGAGGGAAAGGGAUUUCGGAUGGGUGGUUGGUUAAAGAAUCCGUUUUGAGUCUGGGGUCCUCCUCAAGGUCUCCUCCCAACUGGACGUGCCUGGAACCCCUCCCUAGGGAGGCGCGCAGUGGGCAACCUUACCAGAUGCCCGAACUGGCAUAGGGUUAGGGCUAGCUUUAAAAAAUAAAAAUAAUUUCCACUAGGAUGGGCAACACAGUUUUUCUUGGAUUAGACACCAAAACAUUUAAUUUGAAAGAGAUGGCAUUCGUUUCAAAUAGAGAUGUGUGAUUUUUUUUAAUGUAACAGCAAUUACAAAGCACUGGUCUUCUGUUUUUAUAGUUUAUAGUAGUAUCCUUCUCAGGUGGCCUUUGUUCUCUUCACCUCCUUUCUUCCGCUGUAACUCGUUAUGUUCAGGUUCGAGGUAUACGUUUUGUCACAACUUUGUACUGAUUUUUGACAGAGGCAACCAUUUCCCUCUGUCUUUUUUUAACAAUUUCAGAAAAAGUAUACAAAUAAAAUGCAAUUAAUUAUAGGAGGGUGGAUUCUCAAAACUGUACCAUCAUUUGUAUAAGAAAUAUUGGUUUCGAUCCACCCAUCCCUAAUUUCCACAGUAGGUAUCACAGCAAAAUCAUCCUCCUUCUGCUACAUUAACUCAUUUUAUGCUUGUUCUUUGAUAUAAUAACACAGAUGCUAUUGAUGAAAACAGAGAAAUGAAAUUGUGAUCAAUAUUUGUUGGGUGUAAAUGUGAUUAUGAAUAUGUUAGAGGAAAUAAUAACAGAGGCUGUAAAAAUUAUAUUUACAAAAGUAUAAUAGCCUGCUAUAUGUCCUCUUACUUUUUCAAAGAAAAAAAAUAUUAAACGAUAUUAAAGAUUGAAAAA